AAAAAAUAAAAUAAAAAGGAUCGAAUGAUGGUUGGAGCGCAUGGACGAGACACUUCCUAAAGAUCUCCCAAUACCCAGUUUAUGGUCGACUCCAAAUCAUCUUCCCUGGAGAAAGGGUUUACAUAUUAUUCCCGUGGAUUUAAUCCAUCAGUUUCGUUUUUGAUCUUCAAUGCAUCCCUCCGCCGUCGUUGGAUUUGGCAGCCACAGAUCUGCUGCGAAGUAGAGAGAAAUGGAGGCGGAAUCUCAAAGUUUGCGCCCGCCGUUGCGGAUGCGGUCGAAUAUUAGCCUUUUCCAAUCAUCGCAGGCCGACUCUUCGAAGGCCAAAAAAUCACCCAAAGCACCAGCUCGGGAUUCAAAGUUUAGAAAAUCACCACUCGUCGGUAAAAAUGGCAAGAUUAGAGCAUCCAAAGUGCGCAUACCCGGUAUAAGUAGUUCGAAACCGUUGGUACCGGCUGGUGAGAGGAGGUCUGGAGGCCAUGACGGAAGUAAAGCGAAACAGGAUAUCGAAGGUGAUAAGUGGAACAUAACCCCAGAUGGAGGUUCGGCUGGUCGGGGUGGAAGACAUUUCACCGUGGCUAACGUAGGAAAUGGCGGCAAAAUAUUCCUAAGGCCUACAAUACGGCCACCAAACCAAAGAUACCCGCAACCCAACUUCAUAUUUCCGGCCACGUUGCCGAGUAUGGCAGCUUUAGAUGCUUUGAGCCAAAAGAAAAUUGCAGCCGAGGAAAACAGCGAGCUGCUUAGUAGCCAGUGGACUACCCCCUUGACCGAUUCUUCGUCUCCUGGAGUUGCAAAGAGGAAGGCUUAUUUCGACUUAAAGGCACCCAAGAACCGAAGCCGACGUGCCAUGUCUGAUUCAACCAUUCAUGGCGCAAGCGUAACGCAAGAGGUCGAAGCGGGGGUCUUCAAGGUGAUCAUAUCGAAACCACAGGAUGGGUCGAGGUCGAAAACUACGGAAGAUUUAAGUCGCGAUGGGAGUCCACUUUUACAAAUUUCUAUUCCAUCAUGGAAGCUAGGCACACCGAGAUUUACUCUAAGGGGAACGCCUCUAAUUCGGGACUCGUCUUAUGCCCCGACCGAGGAGUUUCGUUCGAGCAAGGCGUCAUUUCUUCGUCCGUCAAUGCGUGACCUAAAUUCACUACACCCCGAUUCCAUGGACAGCAUAAGGCAAAGGGCAGCCUCAACGCCUCAUAUUCACUUACCAUCGCCGGGUUUGCUUAGCCCUGCUACCAUAACCGCACCACGAUAUCCUCACCCUCUAGUUCGAUCAACGUACCUCUCCGCGCACCUGGUUAUCGAGCCUUCCAUGUUCGACUCACUCACUUUCAAACCAGCCUGCGAUGAUCGUUCAAUUGUUCGCUAUUCGUCAACCACUGGCGCCGUGACGGCUGCUACCCCUCCACGACUUGUUGCUGAAAUUACGUCUCCUAGUUUUCUUGACUAUGAACUAAUAUCAGACUUCUUCCUUACGUUCCGUGCCUUCAUCGACACGAAGGACUUGCUCCGGAUGUUAGUUGCCAGACUUCGAUGGGCCGUGUCCCGAGACGAUGAGAUAGGGAUGGUAGUCAGAGUGAGGACUUUCGUUGCUAUGAGGCACUGGAUCUUGAACUACUUUGUCGAUGACUUUGUCGUGGACUACUAUCUCCGCGUAAUGUUUUGCAACCUUAUAAACGACUUUGUAGAGGAGCUUUCUCAGGAUGAGAAGGGGCGGAAAGUCCAGUUGAAAAUCCUCUCAGAGUUAAAGAAAUGCUGGAGGCGCGUAUGUACACAAUUCUGGGAUGGCCCGGAAUUUGACUCGUCGCUGGGUCCCAAUAUUCCCAUCGCGCCUGGUGGAAUUGCUGGCCACCGAGACCCCAGUUUGGACCCUAGCUUCUGGGAAACCGAUUCCGAGGACCCGCCUCAGAUAUACGAUAUUUCUCUUCGGGAGAACAAUCCCCAGUCUGAUAAUAGCUUCUAUGCAGAUGUAUCUAAGGCAGGCCAUAUUGACUCUAUUUUACUAGGUGGAGUACGCCCGGACACACCGGAAGAGGAGCGGCCCACGGAAUUGCAAAGAAGACAGACAUCACCGAUCAGCAUUGCAAGCCUCGAUGUUAUCUCUUGCUCAUUCCCAACCAAGGCAUUUCGGAUGGCCGACCCGAAUUCAAGUUCUAGCCUGGCUGCCCAUCCGGUUGAUCCCAGCUCGAUUUAUACCAGUGCAGAUCCUGUUGCCCCUACUCCACGUGCUCUGACAGGAAAGCGAGUUAGACCUCACACUGCUCAUCGACGCAAUAACAGCCUUACAGAUUCGCUCCGAGAACAUAGCCCAGCUACCGAAAAGGUUCUUUACAAGAAUGCGGAAUUCCUGCUAAGUCUACCAUACGCUGGCAGCCUUGUUCGCGGAAAUGUAUUACCUCCUACUCAAGCUUUUGUCGAGGUCGAUCCCCCAAGUCCAUGGGGAACAGCACGCCAAACCACCGUCUUUCAGCCUCGCCAGACUGAAGGGUCAAAAACAAAAGGCUCUGGUUCGGCAAUGUCGGGACAGGGAAUGAGGAAACUGAUCGGUGGUGUUCGUAGGGCCUUGAGUAUGAGGGGCCAAGGGGUUAUACCAUCUCACGGGAAUUUCAUUGACAUUGCGCCUAUUGGACCUCGGGGCGCUACAACGAAUAGAGUCCCUGGAACGGCUGUUGUACCACAAGCACGAUCUCUUCGUCCCAAUGGCGCUUCCGCGCCUGUGCGUAUCGACGUCCUUGGCGCUACAAUUGCUGAGGAUUUCAAGAAAGCUGUGCGGGAGGAUGCCAUUGUCGAAGAGGCAACCAAUGAUAGUCAUGUUGGCGAUGUUAGCGACCCUAUCGAAUACUCGCCAGCUCAUUUAGACUCUUCAUUUGAGCUCAAGCGCACGAGUGAUGGUGCAAUCACAGCGGGUAGCAAGUCCAUAGUCAUUGUAGAUGGAACUUUGCCUGGGGAGUACCCAGCCAUGACUGGGGCUUUGACAACCUGGAACCCCUCGGUUGAAGCCUUCGCAGAGAGCAUGAUGAGAGCCGGCGGUGCUGACCCGACGCCGCCAACUACGCCACCUGGACAGGCAGUACAUGGUAAUACCCCUAGGAGAUCAUCUUAUCUCCUCGGACAACAUGCUUUCCAGUCCUCGACUCCCGCCACUCCCCUACCCCCAUUUUUUCCAGAUAUGGAUACAUUAGGUCAGGGACGUUCUUCUGAGGAUACUAACACUCGUGCGUCGGUCAAAGUUGUUGCACAGUCACCCAACAAACCCCCAGUGAGCUACGUAAAACGGCAUGAGCGCCAACAGUCAAGUCGGAGCUAUCGAUCUAGAGGGUCUACUGCUCAUCGACGAUGGGCAUCCUUUCAGAGCGGUAUUGCGGCGCAGUCUACAAUUAGGAGUUUUGAUGCUACCACAUAUUCAGAAGGCUCAAUUGCAUCAGUGGUGAUGCCCCCACCCCUCAGAGUCCUCCGGAGACGGCCAGGUGGUGACCUCAGAGGCGUAACUAAUGUCCGCGACUUGGAUGCUCCUCUUCAUCGGUCACGUUCUGUAGGUUCGUUGACAACUUAUUCGGAGUCUAUAAGAAGUUCUCACCUCCGUAGUCCUAUUGGAGACUCAAGCGGAUACGUUGAUGUUGCCAGCCGCGACUUUUCACAGAAGCGAGGAGAGGUCUUUUCUUUGGGGGCCAUGGCGGAACAAUCCUCCAAGCAGCCGGUGUCUCUAAUAAGUACCCAUUCAUCAAAGCCGAUCAUGCGGCCUUCAUUCGAGGCCGAGGCACAAAAGCUUGCGCAAAUCCCUGACGACAUUGAUGAUGAUGGAGGAGUCGAGUCUGCACUACUUAAACUCGAGGGCAAGUACGAGAGGAAAAUUGCUAAACUCUCGAUGGAACCAUCGAAGUUGCCUCCGGGUAACCUCGAGGAGCUCAAAAAGAGAUCUCUUGGGACUCCCGAGGUAGAGUACGUCCAAGAAGAGAAGCGAAAGCACCGCCAACUACAUAUUGGCGAGGAAGAAACCCCGGUGGUAUCGCCUAUGGAGGAAAACUUCGACAUUCCACCCAAUAGACAGUCCACUCUUUCCCGAGGAUCUGAGGUUAUUUCGUUUCUUUCAGAAGAUUCGAGGGAGACGUAUAACUCAACCCCGCUGCUAGACCGUGGAUUAACAGAUGAUGGGCAUAGUAAGAGGGCUACUCGCGAAUGGGCAGAUCGCUCAAUACUAAUAGGCCCCGACACGCCACAAGGCGAUGAGGAUCGAUCAAUCGCUGUUUCCUCGCAACAUCCAUCCUACGAGUUUAUACAGAAAACGGAAAGCCUCAAUAGGAUUAAGGCGGAGGAAACUACACCUGAAGAUCCUUCAUUCCUAGAUGUGGACAGCGACAAUGAUUCCGCUCUCUCAUCCGAAAUGUCAGGGGAUAUGCCUGAUACGGAAGACUACAUAUUUGGAGAACCCCAUUCACCUAAGAGAUCUAAUCCCGUAAAUACUGGGACGUCUCCUGAUACAGAGGGUGGAAUUACUUUUACGUCAAGAGACAAGCCUCCAUCUCCUCCUAUGACGCUUACACAGGCCUCUCGUGGAUCAUCGGAUGCAGGAUAUGUUCCACAACUUCACGAACAUCAGCUGUGGUCUCAGAAACCCCUACCGCCUACUCCUGACACUACACCUACCACUGCGAUGCACCAUCAAGGUCCCGGAUCGCCUAGGGACCCAACCCGUGCCGAAGAUGCUCCUCAUAACGUGCAUAGAUUAUCCAAUGAGAAGAACCAGAAGAAAACAGCUCAUCUGCCUUUUAUCCUCGCCUUCGACUCUGAGAUUCUCGCUCAGCAGUUUACUUUGAUUGAAAAGGACGCAUUGAAUGAAGUUGAUUGGAGAGAGCUAAUCGACAUGCGUUGGAAGAACUCCAAUAAUGACUCGCGGUCAUGGGUUGACUUCCUUCGAAACACGGAUGCUCAAGGUGUUGAAGUUGUCGUUGCGCGGUUCAAUAUUAUGGUCAAAUGGGUAAUCUCGGAAAUUGUACUCACUCAAAAUAUGGAAGAGCGGGCUCGCUGCAUCAUCAAGUUUCUUCAUAUCGCCGUUCAUUGUAGGAGAUAUCGCAACUUCGCUACAAUGAGCCAGAUCACUAUCGCACUGACAUCGAAUGAGGUGGCAAGGCUUGCCAGUACCUGGGCUAUGGUUCCUCCUACUGAUCUGAAGACUAUGAGGGACCUGGAGACGCUGGUUUCGCCAACAAGGAACUUCUACAAUUUACGAGCGGAGAUGGAGGGUCCUGGAGAUGCUGCUGAUACGGGAUGUAUUCCUUUCGUUGGCAUCUAUAUCCACGAUUUACUUUAUAAUUCGCAACGACCGUCCGAGAUAGCUAGCUCGCCGACUACAGCACCUCUGGUCAAUUUCGAGCGUUGCCGCAUUGCUGCAUCGGUGGUGAAAACAUUACUUCGUCUACUUGAGGCUAGCACUCAUUAUCAAUUUCAACCUAUCGAAGGCAUUACCGAACGAUGUCUCUGGAUGAGUGCUUUGAGUGACGAGGACAUCAGAAAGUACUCAGCCAGUUUGGAAUAGACAGAUUGGUGCUGUCUACCAAGGAAAAUACUACUAAUGCUAAUCAACCCACUCACCGAGACCAUUCAACCUUUAUCUGUAUAUCACCAUCGUUUGCAUGCUCUUUUCGUUUAGCGUCAAUCAUCAUAGG